AUGUUCCGCAAUUCUCUCUUUCAGUUGGCUUAUGGUAUAUUAGGUGUGGUUGCACUCUAUCUUAUCGUGGGACAAUGCGCUCAGUUUCUUUGCAAUGCGAUUGGUUUCGCAUAUCCAGCGUACGCAUCUGUAAAGGCUAUUCGUACAGCCGAGAAGGAUGACGAUACGCAGUGGCUGACCUAUUGGACUGUAUUUGCAUUCUUCUCACUGAUCGACUUCUUUGCACAUGUGAUCAUGGAUGUGAUUCCUCUCUAUUGGCUUGCUAAGGUAAUCUUCCUCCUCUACCUCGAUGAGUAUUUAGCAAAGCAACAAAAGGAUUGA